AUGAUUGCUGAAGGAGGCUACACACCAGAACAAGUACACAAUGUUGAUGAAACUGCAUUUUACUGGAAAUGCAUGCCUGUUAGAACUUUUAUUUCUCAAGAAAAAAAAUCAACACCAGGAUAUAAAACCUCCAAAAAUUAUCUGACAUUUCUUUUGGGAGGAAAUACUGUUGGUGACAUGCAACUAAAGCCCCUACGCAUGUAUCUCUCUGAAAACCUGUUCUGUAUCUGUGACAUUACAAAUUUUCCUCAAGCAGAAAGUCUACAUCAAAUCUGGAAAGAUAUUGUGACAUAUGCAAAGGAUGUAGGAUUUGAAGAAGUCAUAGGGAAUGAUGUAUUUGAGUUGCUAGUGAUCCAGAGAGAAAGUUUAUCUAACAAGGAGCUGAUACUGUUAGUAACAGAAAAAGUUGAGAAUACAGAUGAAAUACUACAACUAUUGGCUAUAAAAAUUAUUGCUAAAGGAUUUGCGCUUAUAGAGGAAGGUCUGCUGGCUUUUGCUGAUAAUGGUCCUAACAGUGAAUUAAAAGAGGAAUUUAUAAUGAGUUCAGUUCCUAUAUUGAGCUGUCCAAAGGGAUGCUGCAUCAUAAUCAACAAACAACUUUGGAUGAAUUCUUCAUCCCUCAAGCUAAUGUCAAUGAUAAUGUACUAUAGUAAAUAUGGUCUCUCAUCCUCCUAA